ACAUAAAUUUGGAUGAGACCCACACUGCGGGGCUCAUUUUUUGGAGCUUGUGCUUUUAACAAAGUGCUGCAAGAGUGAGUGAGUCUCUGGCUCUCUUUGCUCUGCUCACUUGAUUCAGAGUCCUUUUUUGUUUCCUUGUCUUUGAUUAUUGUUAAAAUCCUACAAUUUUGACAACCACGAAGAGAUUCCAGAACCAGAGGAACCAGAUUUCUCCUCCUGCUGUGGUUUUUCCUCUCCCUUCUCCCCUCUUCCCUUUCCCCUCUCCUCUUUCCCUCCUCCCUUCUCACGCUGGGAAACUCUUCAAAGCUUUCUCAGGCUCAUUGCCUACACCUGCCCACCAGGAGAGUCCAGUAGCUGGAUCUCUCCCUCACAGAAGCUUGUUCCUGCUUACUCCUUUUGCUGUUACAACUGCUUGCUGCUGCUACUGAGGAAAAAAGGCUCUUACUGUUCUCUGGGAUUCAAUUCUCUACUCCAGCUGUCACACAUCUAUUUCACAACAAACAUCAAACAUGUUGGGAUUGAGCAUGUUCCAAGCAGCCCGAUUGGUCCGUGGGUUUCAUAACUGGACCUGGAUCUGGCGAAUAGGAAAUACCUCACCUUCUGCUACUGUUUCUCCUUUCAUUUCCUCCAUCGCUACAAAGAUCAAAAAGUAUAAGAAAAUGAAAAAUCUGACAGAGCCUCCUAACUGGACCCAGUUGUACCAAGAGCGUUAUAUUCCUUUGAGCAAGGACCAGUUACUGGGGUAUCUCUCCCAGGAGUUUCACUCAAGUCCUUCGGAAGAAUCUGCUAUCCGUGAGUUUGCAUUUCAAGCUGAAUUCCACACUAUGUUCAAGUACAAGCACAUCCUAACCCAGAUGCAAGCAUUGUACUACCCCAUCCCCCAGAAUCCUGAUAUUCUCCACCAGCCUCUGCUGACUGAUCACCAGUGUCAGGACAAAGAACAGGAACUGCUCAGGGCUCUGGAGCCCCUGUUAGACCAAGCCAACUACUCCCUUCUGUCAGAGGAAGUGGUGGCUUUUUCUCUGUCCCUGCGGCACAAGACUGAGGUGGUCAAGGUGAAGGCCAACCUGAAAGAGUACACUUUGAUGCGGUUCUGGGCCCUGGGACAGCGCAAGGGGAUUAUCUCCUCCAGUACAUGGAGGUACCUGGGCUUCCUCACGAAACUGCCAGAAGAAAGGCGCUAUUUUCAGCGGGUAGUGAUGGCAGCGAAUAUCAAACAGGCCCCCCUGGUGCUGAAGAGUUUCAAGGAUGUGCCUCUGGACAGCCUGCAGUACUUAUUGCCAGGGGUGAAGGCACGGACUUCCAGACUUAAGUUAGCUCAGCUCAAUGCCAUAGUCAUGGUGUCUGGGUUGGUGUCUUUCAUCAACUUGGGCAUGGUAGCCGCUUCUUCUCUCCAUCUAGCUACCUCCCUGCUCCUGCUGUUUUUUGUUUCUCUCAUGGGGCACCGAACCUUCAAGGUUUUCACCCGGCUGCAGAAGCUGAAUAACCUAGAGCUAAUCAAUCUGCUCUAUUUCCGAACCACAUCCAGUGAUUAUGAACUGAUCAAUAACAUAGUGCUGAGGGCUCUGGAAGAACACAUCAAGGAGGUCCUGCUGGCCCACAGUUUCCUGAGCAGGAAAGGGGAUGUGCCUCCAGAGGAGAGUGCCCAGUGGCUGCAGAAAACUGUGGAAAGCUGGGUCAGGACCCGCUUGGGCUGCAAAGUGAGUUUUGAUGGAGCCCGAGCACUGGAUCACCACAAAGCUCUUGUUGAAAAUAUGUCCAUUGGACCCCUGACCAGUUAUUUUAAGAAUCUUAACCCCCUUCUGAUUAGCCAGUCGAACAAAUCCCUGGACCCUCCUUCUCAGAUCCAGUCUGUCAAGGAAUAAGGCAUUUGUAGCCCCAUCUACUAUCCUCUCCUGCUGGCUCUCCAUCUGGUUGUGACACCUGAGGACUACACUCUUGGCUCAGGGAUGAAGAAGUAUCCUAUGCAAAUGGAAUUCUAGAAUGGAGAGAGGCGAUAGUAACUGAAAUUUACCCCAAUCUUCCUUCUACCUCCUUGGAGAAGGGAGCAGAUAAUGUACCUGGUUCCUUCCCCAGUAGCCUCCCCUUCCCUUCAAACUCCAGUUAUUCUUUUAUCCAGUUAUUUUUUUAUCCAGUUAUUAUUUUUAUUAUUUUUUAUCUUUUUAUAUUCUUUUAAGGUAUUUAUUUAAAAUUUAUGUUUUGAGAAAAAAUAAAAAUUAAUUCUAUCCCAACCUCAGUAUAUUUCCAUUCAUUCAUAUCCUGGCUACACCAAGUAAUUUUUUAAAUUUCUCCCCUGCCCACUCUGUAAAGAAGCAUUGUUAUGGUGUAUAUGAUAAUUAUUGAAUUUAAAGUGCAGUUUAAUUUGUAUGCCAAUGUGUGUGUGUGUUAAUUUGUACUUUUUUCUAGCAAUUAAUGAAGUUAAAUUAAAAAAUUUCCUUGGUUGCAGUAGAGCUUAAAAAUGUCAGAAGAGAUGAAGAAAGUUUACUGGCCUCUUGUGCAAAACAGACAUGAUCAUUAAGGAAAAAUUAAAACAUUUUUUCAAAAAAAGCUGAAUUUACAUGUAAAAGCUAUGUGAGGGCCAAAUUUAAUUUAACCUCCGUUAGUAUAUGUAGGCUUCAUAAGGCUAUUUAUUACAUUAUUAAAACAAAUUCUAAUAGCAGCUGUCAUUUACAAUACCUGUGAGAUACUAAAGCCAUUAUUAAAGUGCUUGUUUUCACUAACAGGAAUGUGGCUGGCUCUUUUGCUAGCACUCUUAGAAAGGGAAAAUCUCUUCUCUACAUUAGAUUAUGAGCUCAUUUAUCUUUGCAAUAGACAAAUCUUUGCUUCAUUGUUUUAACACAUUAAAAUGGUAGACUUUUAGAAAAACUAUUUUUUAAAUAAAAGGGUUUUGUAGUAAGAAACAACCUAUUAAACCACUACCUAUAUCUAUUAUUCCAAUACCAAUCUAUUAGGCCAGGGAACUUUUCUGAGUUGAUUGAUAAGGAAUGAUAAAUGUUCUACUCUUUAAAACCCAGUCAAUUUUCCCAGUACUAACUUGUAGUUUUUGAGAUGCUAUAAAUGUAUAUAUAUCAAUAUACGUACAUAUAUACAUAUACAUAUAAUUUAGAAUUAGACUCAGAUGGGAAAGAAAAAUUUUCAGAGUUAAAAAAGGCAUUGAAAUCAGCCCCAGUAUUGACCCUAUCCUCUCUGAGUAAGCCUUUUCAUCUAUUUGCAACAGUGGACCAAGAAAUAGCCUUUGGUGUCCUUGCCGCAGGCAUGAGGAAGAUAAAGACAACCAGUAGUGUUCUUAUCUAGGAUCCUUCAUCUUGUUGGGAGAGGAUGGUCAAUUUGUAUUCAAUCAGUUGCUGCUAUUGUGGUUUUGGUAGAAGAAAGUAGGAAAUUAACUUUUGAAGGAAGUCUAUUGGUUAGUGUACCUCACCAAGUUCUCACAAUUCUUCACCAAAGAGCUAGGAGGUGGCUCAUUGAUUCUAGGAUAUUGAGAUAUGAAGCAAUCCCUUUGGAAAAGGAUGAUCUAGUCCUGGCAACAGAUUAAAACUUGAACCCUGCAAUGUUUCUAUAAGAGACUGGGAAGGAAAAUCAUGAAGAGAUUGAAUAUGAUCACUUAGACAUUAUUGACUUCCAAACGAAUGCCAGGGAACUUACAGGAAACACCUAUCCCUGGAGAAAUGAAUUUAUUUAUAUAGAUGGAUCCUCAGGAGUAGUAGAUGGAAAAAGAAAAAAUAGUUAUGCAAUUAUUGAUAGAGAUAAAGCAACUUUAAUAGAUAAGGACUGUCUCCCCAAUACUGGGUCAGGUCAAACCUGUGAUAUGUAUGCUCUAAACCAAGCUCUGAAGAUACUGGGAGAUGGAGGGAGAAAUAAAUAUACCAUCUCAAAAGACUCACAGGGAGUACUGCAUGAAUUUGAAAAAUUUUGGAAUGAACAAGUAAUGAUUUCUAGUAAGGGAAAGGAACUAGCACAUACUGAGCUGCUAGAGAAAGUUCUUGAAAACCUGUUAAGUCAGACCAGUUGACUGUUAUCCAUGUAAAUGGGCAUCAAUAAAAAGAAAUUACUUUAAAGUUAGGGGAAAUAAAUUAGCAGAUAAAGAAAUUAGGAGAGCUAGAAUUGAGGAAGAGGAGGAAGUACCAAUGUUUCCUCUCAUACCAUCCUUGUCUGAAGAAGUAGGAAAGCCAUUUUUUUCCCCCUGAGGCAGAGAUAAAUAAGGAGAAAAAGUAGAAGAUGGCAGAUGGCUUCUGGCUGAUGAGAAUGAGAUAAUCAAUCAAACUAUAGCUAGAGGAAUUCUAAAUCACUUACACCAAGGGAGUCACUGGGGAGUCCAAAAUUCAUGUGGCCUAAUCUUGGCACAAUAUGUGUGUGCAUUGGAAUACUCAUUGUUGCAAAGCAAAUAGUGGACUCCUGACUAAUUUACAAAAAGGUAAAUAGUUUGAGGAGCUGACCUCUAGAGGGAAGGGCUCCAGGGCUAAGGCCAUUCCAAAGAAUUCAAUCAAGUAGAUUUUACUGAGAUGAUACCAGUUGGUACCUUCUCAUGUUGGUGGAUCAUUUGACUUCCUGCAUAGAGGCUUAUCUGUUUCCUAGAGCCAAAUGGUGUGGUUGUAACAAAGAUUGUGCUUGAGCAGAUUAUUUCUAGAUAUGGCUUACUAGAUAAUGUUAUUCUGAUAAUAGAACCCACUUUACCUCUAAAAUAUUACCUCUAAAAUAUUGCAGGGAGUGGCCCCAUCAUUUGAGAAAAAUGGGGAUUUCCACAUUCCAUGGCACCCACCUUCUAGUGGAAGAGUGGAGAGAAUGAACCAGGAGUUAAAAAGAAAGCUCACCAAACUGAUGCUGGAGAUCCAGUUACCCUGGAUUAAAUGUCUGCCAUUGUUGGCACUAUUGAGAAUAAGACGAACCCCGGAAGAAACAUUCAGGGAGAGUAGAGAUAAAUUUUCAAGAAGCUAUAUAUACACUCUUGUACUAAAUUAUUCUUCCCUACAGAAAAAAGCUUUCCUUGUGCAGAAACCUCCUUUAGGCUUUCCAGUUCAUAAUUCCAGAUAAAGGACUGGGUUCUUAUCCUUUCCCAGAAAGAAGAAAAUCUAACUCCAAUUUGGGAAGACCCAUAUCAAGUCUUAUUGAUGACUGAUAGAGCAAUUCAGAUUGCAGAGCAUGGCUGGACACAUCAUUCCAGGGUUGAAGAACCCAUUGACCACUCCACUAUGUGGAAAGCUGAGACAUCAGCAGACCAGUCUUUCACCAUGAAAAAGAUUGCAGUGGCCCUAGGAACUUAUACAAACUGUUGCUUUAAGAGAUUGCUAGCUCUGGAGCUGUCAAGGAGAUAGCCUUGAGUCACUCACUCAGAGUAGCACCCUUGUCCCUUGCACAAAAAGCCAUAAAGGCCACAUACUGUCUGCAGCCUAUUAAGGCUCCUGCCUGUUUAUUAGAGUGAGCCUGAGGGUGCACAACCCCAAAAACUCACUACAUACAUCUGUUAGAGGAUCAUAGAUUUAGAACUAGAUGGAAGUUAUAUAAUUCAAUUCCCUCAAUUUAAAAUGAAUGAACUGGGACUUGGGAAGACUAAACAAGUUUAUGCAGUUUAUGAGUAGAAGUUAGGGUAGCUAGGCAGUACAAUGGAUAGAGUACCCAGCCUGGAGUCAGGAAGAUGUCAGUUCAAAUCCAGCUUCAGCUGUGUGAUCUGGGCAAGCCUUUUACUCUGCUUGCCCCUGUCUCCUCAUCUGUAAAUGACCUGGAGAAGAAAAUGGCAAAGUACUCCAAUCUCUUUCCCAAGAAGUCUCCAAAUGGUUAUAUAAAGAGUUGGACAUAACUGAAACAAAUGAAAAAGCAACAGAAGUGGAAUAGAUAAUAUUUGAACUCAUGUCCUUUGACUGGAAGUGACUCCCUUAUCACUGAAUGGUACUGUCUCCCAAUUAUUGGGUUUCUAAGGGAAAUGCUAAUUGAAUCAUUUGAAAGCAUUUAGAAAGUUAGCUUAAUUAAAUAAAUGAAAUAUUUGCAAGUAAACUAUUAUCUAAGACCUCCUGAGUUCUCUUCACAUCCAUUCUUUAGGCUAGUUAGGUAUCAGUAGACAAGUCUUUUUCUGUAAUUCAGGCUCUAGAUUAUGAUCUUCACUUUUAUCUUCACUAUUUUCAACAAAUAUAAGGCAUCUAAAGAAACUAAUUGGCAUGGUGCUAGGUAUUAUAUAACACAAACUACACAAACAAAAUUCUGACUCUUUUUCAGAGUUCACUAUAGGAAAUUUUAUUUACCUGGGAACUAUUAUUAUAAGCUACAUUGUAAGAGUAAUGUUAAAAUUAAGAAUCAGGGGCACUAGGUGGCUCAGUGGAUUGAGAGUCAAGCUUGGAGAUGGAAGGUCCUGGGUUCAAAUAUGACCUCAGAAACUUCCUACCUGUGUGACCCUAGGCAAGUCACUUAACCCCCAUUUCUUAGCCCUUACCCCUCUUCUGCCUUGGAACCAAUACACGGCAUUGAUUUUAAGACAGAAGGUAAGGGUUUUAAAAAAUAUUAAGCAUCAGAUUUUUAGUCAGUGUACAUAAGGAGGUAAAUGAUCCAUAGAAAACAAUUCAUUACUUUCCAUUGUAUUUUAAUUUAAAAUCUAAGAAUUUUUUAUUUUUUGUUUGAGAUUGUAUUUUUAUAAAAACCCAAGACUUUGAAUUUUGUUCGAAAAAAGAUCUUCAAGAAAGAAGUUUGAUAACUCCUAAAUCCAGAAAAUGAAUUGUUGCAGAAAGAUUCUGGAAAACCUAAACUUCAUCAAGAAGAUCAAGAAUGAACGUUGGAUAUGGUUGAUUGAACUGAACUUUGAUUGAACAUUUAUUGUAAAUGUACACAUUUAUGCCAAAAGGGACUGCCCCUAAUUUGUCUUUCUGUCAAUGCGCCUAGCAAAACAUUGGUUUUGCUUGCUUUCUUUUCUAUUCCUCCCUCACUACUCUAAUUUCCUCUUAGAAAAUUGAAUAUUGCAUAUAUCUAUAGUUAGAAGUGCAUUUAGAACUACAAGAUGAUUAUGUUAAAUGAUCAAUGGGGAGACUAGUCUCCCAAUGAUCAUUCAGGGGGGAUUGUGAACCCUAAAAAUUUUCAGACCCUACUUCAUAGGGUUAGGAUUGUAAACCUUAAAAAUUCCCCAUUGGGACCAAUCCCCAUUUGGGCAGUGAAAGUAACUUAGAUCAGGAAUGUGAAAACUCUACUCCAACCCUACUUAAGCCUGCUUUAGGGAAAGAAACUCCUUGCUGAACAAUGAAAGAUACUUAAACCCAUACUUAUAGUAGGACAAAAGUUCUUUAAGCCAUGCCUAUUUUAGGACUAAUACAAAAGGGUGCUAAGUACCUAUUAAGGUCAAGCAACUUGUGAAUUUACAAGGAACAAAGAGGUGAAAACUUACUCAGAGCUUUCCUGGUGUGAAUUACUCAAAAAUUUACAGCUUCUUAGGUGUGAACUAAGAAUGGUCUGUCCUUUGAAAAAUGUCUACUGUGAUUGGUAGAUAUAAGGACUUAGGGGAGGUGACAUGGGAGAAAAUUCCCUAUAUAAGAAAAAAACAGUCUCUAAGGAGGAGGUUGGGAGAAAGCUCUGGAAGAGUCUCUAAGGAGGCUCUGAAGACAGUCUGAAGGAGGCUGACUCUGGCUGGAACUCCCUCUGAGAAGACUCUGUCCCUCUGAAUCCUUGCUUGGACAGAUCUUGUGGGGAGUGAUUAAGGACUGACUGAUCUUUCUCUUAAGGGCUUAGGCCUGGGUUGGCCAGGGCUGCCCUGGGCUGGCCUAUCCCUUUCUCAUUAUACCCUCUUUUUCUCUCUUUCUCUCUUUCUCUAAUUCCUCAUUGUAUUAAUUAAAAAUCUCUAUAAAACCCAGUUGACUUGGGUAUAUUUUAAUAAUUGGGAAUAUUUCCUUGGCGACCACCUUAUAUUUGAUUUAAAAACAAGACACUGUCUUGAAACAUAUUUCGUGUGGUCAUAAUUUACUCAUCCACUCUUUUAUCUACUACAAUUUAAGUCUUCCACUAUUUUAAUCUAUAGUUUAUGGCCUCAAACUAUUUUAAUUAUUACACCAUUUAGUUUUCAAUUUCUUAAGAUAAUUUAUUAUUUAGGCUAUAUAAUAAUCAAUAAUGACCUUUAGAAUAUAUGUCCUUUACUCCAAUGGUAUCAGACUUGCAGCCUGCAAAAACUGCUGAAAUACCUUAGCCAGAAUAAAAUCAAGUGGGAAAUGUAUAAUAAAAUAAAUACAAAUUCAACAGAUGUUAGUUUUCUUUUUCCUAAUGAAAUAUAUGAACUUCAAGAACUUAUUUCUAUUUGAGUUUAGCACCAUUGCUUUACUCAAUCAUGUAAAGUAUUUAUUUGGCAAUUAUAGAAUGCAAAAAUCCUAUCUGGGUUAUUUAUGUGAAGAAAGUAGUUCCUUCAGAAAUUUAGGUUUACUAAAAUCAAUCUUACUAUCACUUCUUAUGCUUUUUCCUAAUCCUGAUACUGGAUAGUCUUUCUUUAUUGGUAUUGUGUACUGUUAAUCCUUCCUGGUCUUCCCCUAUGUGUCUGAUCAAUGAAAUAAUUUAACCUUUUCCCAGCUGUUAUCUGGCAUAUUGGUUUUUUUCAUAGUCACUAUUAGAAGACUUUCAUUGUCCAUCUGUAGUGGUAUAUAUAAUGAUAAACCAAAUGAAUAUAUAAUGAUAAACUAAAUGAAUUCACAAGUGAAAAUAGAUAGCUAGGUAGAUAAAGAGAUAGAUGGAUAUGUAGAAAAGAGGAGAGAGAGUAGAAUCCUGAUAUUUGUGAUAAAUGUGUAUAAAGGAAAGAAACAAGGGGGAAAAUUGUCCCAUUUUUCUGCUUCAGCUAAUAUGAAGAAUUCAUGAGAAAGGAAAGAAAGUGUCAUGUGCUUCUCAGCUUUAUGUUCAAUAAUGAAGAAAAUGAUGGUUACAAUAAGGGUUUCAUUUGUGAUUUAAUUAAAAAAGAAAAUAAAGUCUGAGGUUAUUCAUAAAAAGCAUAGUGAAUAUAUUAUCUCACAAGGCAGACAUCACAUAGAAAACAACCCAAAUUUUAUCAGAAAGUUCCCAGACUUCUACUGAAGUAUCAUAUUAGACCCAUAAUAAAAAAAUAAUAAUAAAAUAAUAAAGAAUAUAGGAGUGUGUGGAGAGGUAUUGAAUCAUCGCAAGUGUUGGUUGUUGUUGUUGUUUUUUUAAUAAAGAAAGCUUGCUUUAUUUGUAAAAUAAGUUUUCAUGAAAACAACUCUUUAUUCUUAAUAGAUGUAAACCUGAAAAUUUCUUAGACUAAUGAAUGUUGAAAAUUUCCCCAUUGGGAAAUUUCAUACUGGAAAAAAUUUCCUUGGCAUGGGAGGAUCCUUCUCCUCCCUACUUAAGACUACUUUAGGACAGAAACCUUUUGCUAAACAAUGGAAAGGGCCUUGACCUAUGCUUAAGCAUGGAACAGGAAGUUCUUUGAGUCAUGAUUGAUUUUAGAAUUGAUACAAUAGAGAUACUUGGAAUGACAGAACCAGGUCUUGGAACUUACAAUCUCCACCCUACUCAGUCUAACAGGAUUUAGGAAGGGCUGCAGCAUAGAUCAAGAUUUAAUUAUUUGAGAAUAUGACCUACAACAGACAUGUGCAAAGGAAACAGACCUCUGGGCUGUCCUGGGUUAAGCUAGAGCCACCAUUGGCACAGGGGAGACAUUGACAGUGAUUGGUAGAUGUGAGAACUGAGGGGAGGGGGUUUUGCUCUGAGUGAGGUGGCUCUGAAGGAGGACUGAGGAGGUUUCUCUGUUGGAGGACCAGGCGAGAAGGCUGGCUCUGAAGGAGGAGAAUUCUCUGGAAACAUUUCUUGAAAGGAGGCUCUCUUGAAGUUGGAGCCUGAUGUUGGCAUGAGAUGCCUUACCUAGAGAGAUCUUGGGUGAGUGAUAAAACCAACUGACUGAUUUAUUCAUUCUUAUUCCUUUCUUACUUUCUCUCUUUUUCUAUUGAUUAAUCAGUGUAUUAUAAAUUAAAUUUCUCUAUAAAACCCAGUUGGCUUGGGCAUAUUCAUAAAUUGGGAAUAUAUUCCCUGGUGACCAUCUUAUAUUUAUAUAAAACCAAGACACAGUAGAAAACAUAUUUCAGCGGUCAUAAUUGAUAUAUAUAUAUAUAUAUAUAUAUAUAUUUCCCUUGCUCCCAAACAUUUUAAUUAUCACAGUUUAUGGCUCCCACUCUCUUAUCUACAACUAAUUAACACUCAAAACUAUUUUAGAUAUAACAUAGGCCACAUGCCUUUCUACUGCCUAUUUUACACUUAAAGCCAUAAUUUGACAUCACAAUUAUUUCCCAGAAAGAUAAUUAUGGUCACACAGAGGAUAAUGAAUUUAGGGGAAUGAUUAACGGUAGGAACAAAAUACUAUCUUUUGCUCUUACUAGGCUCAUUUACCAUAAGAAGAUAAAUACAAAACCAUCCAAUAAAAAGAAAGAUGUAUCAGCAAAAUUAUGAUGAAGAGUACUGGCCUGAAGUACCAUUGACUAUUUAGCACUUUUCUGUUGAUUGUGUUAAGUUAAUAUCUCUAAUCAAUAUUUUAUUUCUCAAAUAUAUAGAAAACUGAGUCCAAUUUAUAAAAAUAUUAGUCAUUCUCCAACUGAUAAAUGGUCAAAUUAUAUGAACAAGCAGUUUUCAGAUGAAGAAAUCAAAGCUCUCUGUAGCCAUUUGAAAAAAUGCUCUAAAUCCCUCUUGAAUGAAGAAAUGUGAAUUAUAAACAAAACUGAAAAACUACCUCACACUUAUCAGAUUGGUCAAUAUGAAAGACAAGAAAAAUGAUCACUAUUUUAGGGGAUGUGGGCAAAUUGAAUCACUAAUUCAUUGUUAAUGGAGUUGUGAUGAGAUCCACCCAUUCUGGAGAGCAACUUGAAAUUAUGUGGAAAAGUUUCUAAAUACCCUUUGAACUAAUAAUACUGUUACUAAAUGUAUAUCCAAUGAGAAUAAACAAAGGAAAAAGAACCUAUCUGUGCACAACAUUUUAUUGCAGAUCUAUUUGUGGUAGCAAAGAAAUGGAAAUUGGGGGGCUAUCAUUCAAUUGGAGAAUGAUUGAUCAAGUUGGAUUAUUGUAAUGGAAUACUAUUGUGGUAUAAGAAAUGAUGAGCCAGGAUAAUUUCAGAAAAACCUGGAAAACCUAAUUGAAUUGAUACAAUGUCAAGUAAGCAGAAACAGAAAAACAUUGUACACAGUAACAGCAAUAUUUCUUGAUAAACAAAUGUGAAUGACCUAGUUAUUCUCAGCAAUAGUGACUAGAAUGAUGUAAAUCCCAAAGUCUCAUCAUAAAUUGCCAUCCCCCUGCAGAGAAAGAAAUGGAGGAUGAAUGCCUAGUAAAAUAUACUAUAUUUCACUUUCAUCUUUUUUUGUUUGAGAUCUCUUCUAUAAAAAUUACUAAUAUAAAAAUAUUUUACAUGAUAGCUUAUGAAAAAUCUGAGUCAUAUUGCUUACUAACUCAGAGUAGAGGGGAGGGUUUGAAAGGAAUAAGUAGUGAGCCUGGGAGAGAGGAAGAGGAUUUGGAAAUCAUUUUUUUUGACCUUUUUUUAAUUUUUUUUAAUAUA